AACAUCACCCUGCGCCUUUGUUAUUAGAAAGGCAAACGAAUAUUCAGUAGUAGCAUUUCGAGCUAACCAUCAUCGAAUAUUUUGAAGAAAGAUUACUUUGAAAUCACAACAUGAUUUUGACACGUUUUAUGUCCUGAACUGGGAUCUUAAAUUUCAACCUCAAAUCACAGGAACAAAGACAACAACAAGCAACAGAAAGUGAUCCAAGACAGGGGACACAUGUCGUCUGCAUCAGAGACUGUCGAAAAUGCCUCCAUCCUUUCCGAAAGUGGUGCCCAUGAUGGAAACCGCUUAUGGAUUGGUAACAUUGAUCCCAAAAUUACAGAGUACCACCUUGUGAAGUUGUUGGAGAAGUUUGGUAAGGUCAAGCAGUUUGACUUCCUCUUUCACAAGUCUGGGCCUUUGGAGGGGCAGCCACGAGGAUACUGCUUUGUCAACUUCAGCACCAGAGAGGAGGCAGAGAGAGCUAUCCAGCGUUUAAAUGGGAAACUGGCAUUAUCCAAGAAGCUAGUUGUGCGAUGGGCACAUGCACAGGUGAGGAGGUUUGAAACUUUCCGAAACGAGAAGUCAAUGCCUUCCAGUCUGGAGCCAUCAUCCAGCGGUGGAGCCGAGUCUUUAACAUCAAAUCACCUCAGUACAAGCGCUAAGAUACGAGCCAUUGAGGCCAAACUGCAGAUGAUGGAGGAGAACCCAGAUAGUGACUGUGGGGGCCCGUCUCCCUACAUUUACAACAAGCCUGUCGAGAGGAAACGCUGGGAGCCCUAUGGUAAAUCGCAGAGCAGGCCCUUCCGACGCUUUAGGAGAUGACCCUUUCUCCUGCUCCUAUAAUAUGAUACCUCCUCUCACUAAACAAUAAACAUAAGUGGACUGCUUUACAGACUCUACGCAGAUGCUUCUAGGCCUGGGCCUGGGAAUACCUUUUAUCAGUUGGUUUCUAUCAUUUUAAGUACUGGAUUGUCCUACUAUCUCUUUACUUCUGGAAUAAUACAACCAUGUGAUGCAGGUAGAAUGUGUUAUAGUUGUGAUAUAGAGCUUAUUCAAUCAGGUUAUAUUUUUUAUGUCAUAUUUUAUGAUGGAAUUUGUUUUCUUAAGAUAAUUCAAAUGUUUUUGUUUUGACCCCUUAUAGGGCUUUUCCAAACAGUGUUCACAUCAGACCUCAGUGGAUGGAUAUGCAAAAAUUGUCUUUAAUUUACUUUGUGGUUUGAUAUAGAAAGUAUUUGUGUGUGUGUGUGUUUUUCUUUUUACUGUUACAUUUAAUUAAAUGUAGUACAUACACA